AUGCUGUUCAACAUUCAAUUUUGUUCUAUAUGGCUAUGGAUUUCGCUGGUGUGCGCGAACAAAGUUGCGCUUUCAAACGAGGACAAUCAAGUGUGCAGUGGAAUGUACUCUCGAGAGGACUGGGGCGGUAAAGUUGACCCGUUCAUCUCGUUCAACCUGAAGGAUUCGAACAGUGUGGAGGGUCUCUCUGUAGUUAUAUUUGAUUUCAAGGACUAUCAACAUUUGGGUGUGGAGAUUGACUCAACCAUGCACUACAUCUGCGAUGAUUAUGCCAUCCGUCACGGUGCUUGCAACGAGACGCACAGAAAUGAGUAUCUGGUGCAGAAAUUGAUCACAAACCCCACAACGGGGGAAAAUGAAACUGCUGCUGCCCAAAUCAUGACUUUUUACCAAACCGAAAACGGUAUGCACGAAGCACGGUAUCCAGUAAAAUCCACGGGCUACUACUGUGUCGUAGCAUCGUCUCUCAGCGACGAAGCCGCUACGUUUUCCGCCGUGGUGAACUUCAGAAAUGCGUACGGACAAUUGCCCGGUUCAGAAAUCAACAACUUGCCCUUAUACGGCCUUCUGGCUAUCUUUUACCUAGUGGCAAUGGCUCUAUACAGUUUCGCUUUCUGGAAGCACAAAAACGAACUACUUCCGUUGCAGAAGUAUCUUUUGGCAUUCUUCGCCUUUUUGACCGUUGAGCAAAUAUUCAUUUGGGCCUAUUACGAUAUCAAGAAUGAAAAAGGUAACACUGCAGGUACCAAGGUUUACAUGGUAUUUGUCUCCAUAUUAACAGCAGCCAAGACCUCUUUCAGUUUUUUCCUUCUUCUGGUUAUAGCACUUGGCUAUGGUGUCGUCUACCCAAAGCUGAACAAAAAACUGAUGAGACGGUGUCAAAUAUUUGCGGUCAUUAACUUCGCUAUUGGCGUGGCCUACUUGAUUCAGUCCUACUUGACCAAUCCUGAAUCCGUCACACUCUGGCCACUGGCUACUUUAUUGCCACUAGGCCUCACGAUGCUGGGGUUCUAUUUCUGGAUUCUGAGAUCCAUGUCCCAGACGUUGCGGUAUUUGCAAGAACAGAGACAAGUGGUGAAGUUGAAGAUGUACAAGAAACUACUAUCGACGAUCUAUUUCUCCCUUUUUGUUUUGUUUGCAGGCGUCGUGCUUUCAUCGGUUGUGUUCAUUGGAAUGAACACCAUUGAAAUGGUCGAACAACAUUGGAGGACCAGAUUUUUCUUUGUGGAGUUCUGGCCUUCUUUGGUUUACUUUUUUGUCUUCGUUACAACUGCGUUCAUCUGGAGGCCAACUGAUACUUCCUAUAUGCUAGCAUGCUCUCAACAACUUCCAACAGAUCCUGAAAAUGUCGCGGACUUCGACCUAGACGAUUUGCAAUCUUUAGAGGGCCCCUCUAAUCACAUCGAUGACGACUUUAACUUUUCAGAUGACGAAGAGCAACCGCGUAGAAAUUUCAAUGCUGAUGGACAAAACAAAUAA